AGAUUUCCUAAUGAAAAUAACAGAUGUCGAGCAGUGCGCUUUCAAUUCAUGGUAUCACACUUUUGAAUCUUACACUCAAGAAAGUAUAUUUAUUAAUCUCCCAGAUGACCUCAUUACUUCACUAACAAAUGAACAGUUCAUUCUCCCUAAAAGUGCAAAACAAACAAACGGAGAUCUGUCGGACCUAAACGAUGAUGAUAUUUGGCCAGACGAUUCUGAUACUGAUGACAAUAAAAGAGAGAGACCUGAAUUUCCUCAUUUCGAAUCUCAGUUGAAAAAUAUCAUCCGGAAGCUAGGCGGUGUUGUAUUUCCCAAGUUAAAUUGGAGUGCCCCAUCUGAUGCAUCUUGGAUUUCUUGUGACAGAUCAUUAAAGUGUAAAACAUUUUCUGAAAUUUACAUACUACUUAAAUCGUCAGAUUUCGCAGCACAUGAUUUGACUGCUCCUUUUGCUUUGUGUACAGAUACUUCAACAGAGCAAACUUGUUGUCUCUUCAAUGCCAAACCAAUACUUGUUCUACGAAAAUGGUAUGAUUUUCGUCCUGAAGGAGAAUUCCGUUGUUUCAUUAAAUCAAAAGUCCUUAUUGCAAUUUGUCAACGAAAAUGUGAUGCCUACUUUAAAACAAUUGAAGAACAACUAGAACAUAUUAAACAUGAUUUGGUGGAAUUUUUUCAUCGAAAAAUCAAGAAUUAUUUCGAAUUAGAAAAUUAUACAGUUGAUUUAUACUGGGAAUCUUCGAACAAUGGUAAAAUGCGUAUUCAAAUAAUUGAUUUCAAUGUAUUUGGUCCACCAACUGAAGCACUAUUAUUUCAAUGGUCAGAAUUGGAAAAUAGUGUGCAUGAAAAUGAUACCAUCCCGUUAUUUCGCUACCAAAAUGAUCAAAAUAUCCGUCCAAAUUCAGUGAAUCAAUACAGUGUGCCGAUCGAUCUGAUUGAUAUUGCUUCAGGAUCUGAUCCCGCUAAGGUGAUGGAUUUCAUCCAGGCUAGAGUAGAAAGUCAGAAAAAGUCGUAAGAUUGUAUUUCUUUAUAAUGUACAUGUACAAAGGUAUCUGUAAUUUUUCAAUUUUUCUUAUACGAUAAAUACAUUUUUUUUACUGAAAUUGAGUUGUUAAUUAUUUUUUUUCUUCGAAGUCUUAGAAUUCUUUUUAGCUGGUAACUUUUGCUUUGCACCGUAUUUUUGUGCAAUCUUAUCCAGAAAGUUUUCUGAUGAUUUUAAUGCAUUUUCAUGUCGUGCUUGAAUCGCUUUAGCUAAUGUAUCCAACUCUCCUUCGUUAACAUCAUCUUUUCGUUUUUUGUUUUUCUUAUUCUGUUCUUUUAAAAAUAAUUUUUCUUCUUCUAGUGCUCGUUUAGCUCUUUU